CCUCUUGAUUUUUUUUCCCUCUACGUAUUGCAUAAAAUAAAAAAUGGGAAAGCGUGCUGCAGAAAAGAAGGAUACAAAGAAAGAAACCGCUCCCAAGAAUGCAGGUGUCAAGAAAGUAAACACCCCUAGAAAGGGAAAGAAUGUCCAGGCUGGCACUGACGAAAUUGACGAUAUUUUCAGCUCUAAAAAGAUCUCGGACGCUUCUGAAAUCGACGACAUUUUUAACACCAAGACAAUCAAGGAUGACGAUGACCAAGUGGUACAAAAGAAAUUCAAGGAACCUGUUUUAUCAAAGAGCGCAAAGAGAAAGGCUGCCAAAAAGUCAAAGAAGGUAGCCGAAGAGGUGGUUAAAAAAGAAGAGAAUGAAGAGGAUGACGUUGAGGAUGAAGAAGAGGAAGAGGAGGAGGAAGAAUUAAGUGAAGAACAGGUUAGAAAGGUUGAAGAGGUUGUAUUUGCAGAAUUAGCAGCUGUCAAAAGUAGUUUGACACCACAAAAGCGUGCUGCUCCCCCACCCACCGCCGAUGAAGAUUUCGGAGAUUCAAGAGGCAUCAAAAAGACAACACGUACUACUGAUGAUGGUUAUCCCCUUUACGAUGUUAAAGACUUAAACAUUGGUGGUGGUUUAGAUACACCCGAAUGCCCUUUCGAUUGUAAAUGCUGUUUUUAAGUUAGAUAUAGAUUACAAAACUUUUUAUUAGACAUCUAUAUAUAUUUUCUUUCUUUGAUUAACUUUUUUUUUGUUUUUGUUUGUUUAAUGUACAAUAUAUGACAAUUGUCUCAAUUUAAAAUGCUUCCCAAAUAGUUGCACUGAAAGCAGCUUCCAUUCUUCUUCUUACAAAAGCAGGUAUAGAUUGGGUUAACCACAUUUGUCUGAUCUGUUCAUAUCUCUUGUCAUUAAGAUAUUGUGGUGCCCCGCGUUUAAAUAAAAUAUCAGCCUCGCCAUGGCUAUCAAGAUAUGGUGCGUUCAUGAUACUUCCACCGUUGUCAUGCAAUAACAGAAGGAAACAGUCCUUGAUGAUCAAGUAUAUACCGAUCUCACCACCACAG